AAAAAAAGAAAAAGGAAUAUAUUGCGGCAUAGGUUUGUCUAACGUUAAGAAUUUCAAAAUAUUUAAUAAGCGGAUCCAGGUCUAAGCAAGAGCUGCAAAUAUUGACCCACGGCUUUAUUACUAGAAAUGUCUGAUUCCGGUUGGAAUACAAUUGAUUCAGAUGCGGGAGUAUUUACAGAAUUAGUGGAGAAAUUAAAUGUUUCUAAUAUUGAAAUCAAUGAUCUUUAUUCAAUUGAUUCAGACUCUUUACGAGCAUUGAAUCCAGUUUAUGGAGUUAUUUUCUUAUUCAAGUAUGGACCUGUAGAUCGAAAAUAUGCCAACGAUGGAAAUAAGCCAUUAGAAGGAGAGUAUGAUAUUGACUAUCAAACUAAGGAUAUUUUCUUUGCCAAUCAAACAAUUCAAAAUAGUUGUGCUACUCAAGCAGUAUUAAAUAUAUUAUUGAAUAAAUAUAAGGAAGUAAAUAUUGGAGAAGAUUUAUCAAAUUUCAAAUCAUUUGUGGUUGGAUUUGAUAGUGGUAUGAUUGGUGAAACCAUACUUAAUAGUGAAUUAAUACGAACAGUUCAUAAUUCGUUUUCUCCACCAUCAUCAUUUAUAGAUAUUGAUAAGGCAAAACCACCACCAGAUUAUUAUGAUAAAGAUGAUGGAAUAUUUCAUUUUGUGGGUUAUAUUCAAUCAAAUGGAUAUAUUUACGAAUUAGAUGGAUUAAAGAAUUAUCCAAUUAAACAUAUUGAAUGUAAAUCUAAUGAAGAAUUUUAUGAAAAAUUACCAAGUGUAAUAUUUAAAAGAAUGCAACAUUAUGGUGAUGAAUUAAGAUUUUCAUUAUUAGCUGUAACGGAUAAUAAAUUAGAAAAUGCUAAAAAAUUAGGGGAUGAUUAUGAAACUAAUACUCAAUUAUUAAAACGAGAAUCUUGGAAGCAUGAAAAUGAAUUAAGACGUCAUGAUCAUACAGGGUUACUAGUGCGAUUAUUAAUUAAUAUAAGUAAAUCUAAAAAUGAUAAUGAAUGGGAAAAAUUAUUAUCCGAUGCUAGAAAGAUAGGUGGUGCUAAAUUAUUACAAACCAUUGGUACCAAAAAUAAAUCUUAGAUAGAAUAUAUAUUAUUAUAUAAUAUCAUUAU